GGCAAAAGAGAGGGAAAGAAGAGAAAUGGAGAAGAAGAAGAAGAAAGGAAAUGGAUCUAAGCCUUCCUUAAGCUCUUUGAUGUCUUCUCUCUACGAUUCGCUUAACGAGUUGACUCUGAGUAUUGAUGGAGAUGUCAGUAUCACUGAUCUUUUAGCGAUCGUUGCGACAUUUCAGUCGAUAGAGCUUCAGUUACAAGCUAUGAAAGACUUAUUGCGUCAAAGGAAAGAAGCUAUUCCCAAGGGCAAGAUCUCUUCGUUUUUCUAUUUCGCUACUCUGUUUGAUAAUAAGAUGACCAUAUCUGAGAUUGAGACUCUACAAAGACCAAUUUCGCUUCUUACUGAGGUUUACACGAACAUGGCAAUGAGGUUGCAUCCAGAGUUGUUUUCAGUUGAUACAAAUACAAGUUUGAUCCAAGAAGAUGCCAACAACGGAAUUAGUCCUGAGGUGGCGGUGGUUGUCGUCCCAAGCCCAACCGAGGAAAUGCAACAGAACAACCAAAUUCAAAAUGAUCCGGCGGUGGUUCUCUCCCCAAGCCCAACCGAGGAGAUACUACAGAACAACCAACUUCAAAAUGAACCGGUAAAGAGCCUUCUCUGAAUCUUUGCAUAUAUAGUGUUGUUUGAGAUUGUAUAUAUGUUAUGAUCAGAUUGUUUAUCAUGGUUUCUGAGUGAUAUGACUUUAGCUCAUCAUCUCCUACUUGUUCCCUUUCCUCAUGAAUUGAUUCUAUCUGAUUGGUGGUAAUUACUUUGCCUCUGCGGUUUUGCGUAACUCCACCUAUAAAAAAAUGGUUGAGAU